UAGACGUCCCUGUUUCACGUUUUAUUCUUUUUAAAGACCUUGAUAAUCUGAAGAUGUCGGAUUUACGCUCAGAGCUGCAGAAGUUUCUGGAAACUUUAAACAUCCAAACCACGUGUGUGGAGCAUCCUCCGGUUUUCACGGUUGAGGAGAUGAUGCCUCACCUGCAGGACGUGAGCGGAGCCGUCACUAAAAACCUCUUCUUGAAGGACAAGAAGAAGAAAGGCCUGUGGCUGGUGUCGGCCCGUCACGACCGUCAGGUGAACCUCAACGACCUCGCCAAGAAGCUCGGCGUCGGCAGCGGCAACCUGCGCUUCGCCGACGAGGCGGCCAUGUUGGAGAAACUCAAGGUGGGUCAGGGAUGUGCGACGGCUCUCGCUCUGCUCUUCGAUAAAGACCAGAGCGUGAAGUUCGUCCUGGACCAGGACCUGGUGGAGGGCGGCCAUGAGAUGGUCUACUUCCACCCAAUGACCAACGCGGCCACCAUGGGGCUCCGACCUGACGACCUGCUGCGCUUCCUGAAGGAGACGGGACACGAACCCGUCCUGCAGAGCUUCGAGUAGGAGAGAGCCGGACGCUGGACGUCGAGCGCCGUUCAAAACCAGGAUCCGGCUUCAGGAAGAGAGUGUCACAGUCGUGUCUCGACAUGGAGAGAACCUGAAGAGACUCAAACAGAACUUCACUGUUUCUGCUUCAAAUAUUUAAAAAUGUCAAAAUUAAACACUAAGAUUUUAAAGUCUUAAUCAAGAAGAGAAGCUUCUCCUCUGUGGUGUCGAUGAGUUCAACUGAAACAGCUCAGUCAGAAUAAUCGGUUUCAAAUGAAGUCGUCUUCAUUUGAAAUCAGCCUCACAGAAUUAUUUAUUUUGAUUAAAAAAUAAUUCUUAAAAAAUC